UGCAAAACAUGUCAGUUAACAUGAACAUAUCAGUAACAACUGAAAAUUACCUUAGUGGUGUGCAGUUCUUCGAUAAUUGUGCAAUCGACAUAAAUUUUAGCGCCAUUGAUUUCCCCAAUCAAGAAGCAUUGACAGAACCCUUAUCAUUAAAAGAAUACGUCAAGUUGCUCUUCUAUGCUGUGGUUUUGGUUGUGGCGUUGAUUGGGAACAUUGGCGUUAUUCUGACUGUUGCACUAAACCGAACUAUGAGAACUACCAUCAAUUUUUACCUCGUCAAUUUGGCAACAGCAGAUCUUCUCAUUUGUUGCUGUUGUAUGUGGAUUCCAGUAGCAAAGAGCUUGAGUGAUCCAUUAUACGUCUUGGGAAGCUUCAUCUGCAAGCUAAAUCCUUUUUCUCAAAUGACAUGCCUCACAUCGAGUGUAUUAACGCUGGCAGCAAUUGCAUGUGAUCGUUUUAUUGCCAUCAUUUUCCCUCUUCACGUCCGGGUCACCAAACAGAGAACAGGUUUUGUUAUUAGCUUCAUUUGGUUGUUGUCCGUCAUCGUAGCCACACCACUUCUCCUUGUUCAGAAGUAUAACAUUAUUCAAUGGAAGGAUAUCUCCGAAGCGUCUUGUUACGACGAUUGGCCACCAGUAGAAGAAUGGGACAGCGAACUUCAGAUAUGUCUACGGAGCUAUCCCCUGAAGCAAACGUACUACGCCAUCGUAACCUUGGUGUUGUACUUCGUGCCCAUACUUGUCAUGAUUACUGCAUAUCUACUCAUCAUCGCCAGACUUUGGCGAACUCAGACUCCUGGGGAAAGAAAUAUCGCCAACAUCAAUCUGCAACAUCGAGCCAAAAAGAAGGUAAUUAGGAUGGUUUGUGUGGUACUUUGUGGCUUCGUUAUUUGUUGGACACCAUUUCAGGCGACAGUACUGUAUUCACAGUUCGUGCAUUCAGCUAGUCAGUAUGGAGAGCUUCCACAUUGGUUUGAAGGUUUUUCUUACUUUUCCAUGUUUCUGGCAUAUUUCAACAGUGCUCUGAACCCUCUACUUUACGGUGGAUUUAACAAGAACUUCCGCCAGGGGUUAUGCAACGUUUUGAAGUGUUCGUAUGUUAGACCAUUAGGAAGGAUACAAUUUUCCCAAAAAUCCAGGACCACCCACCAAACUGGACUACACGGAAGCCCCUCCAGUGGAAGAAUAAACGGAGUGGGAUCUUCUCAGAAGCUGGUUGAGAUGAAGUCGAUGAAGAAGGAGGCCUACCGCACUUCCAAGGAAUCCGCCAGCUCAUGCACAUCCCUGGACAAAUAAAGACAAUGACCAACUUGAUUCAGCGAGAGUACACUGCAUGGAAAACCAAACUUUGGACAGAUGCAGGAACAAUGUCAUGCACAAGCAACUAAGUCAAUUGUUGAACUUAUAUGAUUCGUUUCGCUAAAUCUUGCAGCAAAAUUUGCAUUAUCAAGUCAAUUUAAGAAAUAUCCGCAAGCUGAUGAAUUGAGAUGAAGUUUCUUUAUCUCACUUGACCAAACGAUAAAAUUAUUGCUUUUGUGUUUUAAAAUAAA